CCCAUCAGUAAACAGAUCGAUCCAGAAUCAAGACAACUUGAAUCCUUGAAUUUGCAUUUUGGAUAAAUUCCAAAAUUCAACAGCAUUGACAAGUCGUAAUAAAGAUCUGUCUUUUUCAUUUUGUCACUGUAUGCCAUAAAAGUGAACACAUUUUGGCUAGCCUUGGAUUGCCUCUAAUUCAACUUGAAAUUCCAGUUUUAAAUUCAAAGCUUGCAUUUCAGAUUUUAAUUUUUUUCUUAUUUCAACUUAGUUAAGUAUGUGGAAUUGAUUAGUUUUUACAUUGUCAGUCUCCAAAGUAUGGAUUCUAAUGAUGAAGUCGACAAGUCUUACGCAGAAGAGGAAGACUCUAAAGAAGGAAUUGAUGGAGAAGUGGGAGUCAGUCCAUUCUCUACAAUUUUUAUCAAGGAAGAAGUAUAUGAUUCAAGCAAAGAAUCUUUCGAAGAUUUCGAACCAACUUCAGCAGAGGUAAGUACUGGAGAAGUCAUUGAGGAGCAAAUAGAAAGACAGGACACCAAAGAUGGAACUACAGCUGUUGAAGAAUUGAGGAAAUGUGCUCAAGAAAGCAUCGGUAGGGAUGACCUAAUUGAUUCUGAAAGUAGGACAGACAAACAGUAUUUUUCAGAAGUGAGUGGAAUACCAGCUGACCAGUGUUCAGCUGAUGAAAGUAGGGCGGACAAACAAUAUUCUUCAGAAGUGAGUGGAAUACCAGCUGACCAGUGUUCAGCUGAUGAAAGGGCGGACAAACAAUAUUCUUCAAAAGUGAGUGGAAUACCAGCUGACCAGUGUUCAACUAAUGAAAAAAGGGUGGACAAACUAUAUUCUUCAGAAGUGAGUGGAAUAACAGCUGACCAGUGUUCAGCUGAUGAAAGUAGGGUGGACAAACAAUAUUCUUCAGAAGUGAGUGGAAUACCAGCUGACCAGUGUUCAGCUGAUGAAAGUAGGGCGGACAAACAAUAUUCUUCAGAAGUGAGUGGAAUACCAGCUGACCAGUGUUCAGCUGAUGAAAGUAGGGUGGACAAGCAAUUAAGUGGAGUAACAAUUAUUGAUACUGUAGAUCAGUGUUUAGGUACUUGUGUGGCUGCGAAGACAUCGUUCAAUUGCGAGUUGUGCAACUACAAGACGAGUAGGUUGAACUUGUUGAAGACCCACAUUCGCACCCACACCGGCGAAAAACCUUUCAGCUGUGAGCUGUGUACCUACACCACCUGCCACCCAACAGCACUGAGGAGACACCUAAAAUCGCACCGCGGCGAAAAAGGCUACAGCUGUCACUUCUGCGAAUACAGGAGCACUCAGUCGAGCGACCUGAAACGCCAUCUAAGAAGCCACACGGGCGUAAAACCUUACAGCUGUGAAUUCUGUGAUUACCAGAGCAGAAGGUCGAGCGACCUACGGAGGCAUAUCAAAGUCCAUACCAUCGGACCGAGAAUGAGUUGUCGGUUUUGUGAGUUCAAGGGUACAAGUUUGAGCGAUCUGAGGAAGCAUGUGGCGACACACAAAACGUUCAGUUGCAAACUGUGUGGACACAAGAGUGACAGUGCGGGAGGUUUGGAGACGCAUGCGCAGAAACAUAACGAACCGUUGCGGUGUACUUUGUGUUCCUACCAGAGCAUCCACUCCGGCGCACUCAAGCGUCACCUGAGGACACAUUCGGGUGUGAAACCGUACGGAUGCGAGUUUUGCGACUACCGAGGUGCGCAGUCGAGUGACUUGAAGGCACACAUGUUGUCGCACACCAACGACAAGCCUUACACGUGUGACACGUGUCACUUUCAGACAGCUCGCGUCUACGCGUUGAAGAAACAUCAGAGAAGACAUGCCAGUUCAAAGGCGAAUCUUGAGGAUACAUCUUAGUACAAAGGCGAAUCUGGGGAUUUGAAUGAACAUCUUAAGGUGCGUACAGAUUUACGCGCCGCGAACAUGAGCAAAUCAAAUCAAAUGCCAAAUUCAUAUAGCUUAAAUAAUUCACAAAACAUGGAAAACAAAAUUCAGUUUCAUACAUUAGAAACUUACUAACAAAAAUACAAAAGCUUUUAUUGAAACUAAAUAAUAAUCAAAUAUAUAAUAUUGGCGUUACAAGCAAAACAAAGUUUGUGCGCUAGCAACGAGCAUUCAGUAAGCACUCAAACUAGAAAAAAAGUAACUGUAGAAACAAAAAAUUUAGCAAACACUUCAAACAAAAAAUUAGCAUACACUUUCAAAAAAGAAAAAGAAAAAACAUGAUAGUGGAGUAGUUCAUAGUAUAAACAUAAACGUGAACAAAAUAUAAUUCGUUGAACAAAUAUUAAUUUUGAUAUAAUUAUCAAAAGUUUGAAAUUAGUGCAGGAUAACAUUAUAUAAAUUGGGUUCAGUUUGAGAGACAACUUUCAAUAGUAAAGGGGGAAAUGAUUAAUUUGAAUCAGUGCAGGAUAACAUUAUAUAAAUUGAAUUUAGUUUGAUAGACAACUUUCAGAUAGUAAAGGGGGAAAUAAUUUGAAUAAAACAUGAUAAUAAAGAAUUGAUGAAUGCCUAGAUUUGAAAUAGUUUGACUACAACAUUUUCGGUCUUGAUCCAGUUCUCAAUUUUUGUUUUAAGUGCUUUAGAGGGUUUUAUUUUUAUAAAAUGUUCUGGAAUAGCCUAAUAUU